GAACGUCUGUUCGAAAAUCCUCAGUUUCUGCUCGACAAUUGACACGGGCCACUGGGAGGACGAAAUAAAAAACGGCACUGAGAAUGCAGAGACUCACUCAAUAAUUUUCCUCAACAUGACCGAAUCUCAGGAACUUGAACCAGGUGACGUCACGGGCACACUGAACAUCUUAGACGCCGCCAGAGAACGCCACAUCGAGGACCUUAAGAAGAUGAAUGAGAGCGAAGUCCUUAAUGCCACUGAGGUCUACACAAGGGCCGUCACGAAGACGACCAACAAAAUGUUAAAGCAACCAGAGGUGUGGUUCGGUCUGCCCAACGAAGCGCGCGCGAAUGCAAGCACAGCGCUGCAGGAGGAUGUGGAGGCGGCGGCUGUCGAGGUGGCGUACUUGCUUGUGAACGAGUCCAGAACCUACGAGACCGAGACUGUCAGCAUCAGCGCAAAGAGGCACAGCAAGGACCACUUCGAGAGUACGGAAAAUCGCAUAUUUUACCACAAGAAUAGGACUGAGACAAUGGUGGAGCUGCCUGAAAAUUUCUUUGAAGAUAUGGACGACGACCUCGUGGCCGUCUCCUUCACGUCCUACAGCACCCUCCACUGCGUCCUUGGCAAGAGCAUCAUCUGUAAGCCCGAGGACCUCCCCGAGGACUUCACCGAGGAGGCAAGCGACACCUUCCCGCUGCCUGAUCUCGUUAACUCCCCCGUGAUGGGCCUAACCAUUGGCAACACCUCGUGGAACUUCAGCGAUGGCACCGGCGUCAAGGCCACCUUCAGGGACUACUUUGGCUCUGAUAUUUACAACCUCAGUACAGCCACUUGUGUAUCCUGGAACGUAGCGAAUGAACAGUGGAGUCCAGACGGCUGCGAGCUCGUCCUCCAGACUGGCACCGCCACUGAGUGCACCUGCAGCCACCUCACCAAUCUGGCUGUCAUCGUGGACGUGAACGGGGUUUUUGGAAAA